UCGAGAUAAUAAAUAUUAGAAUAAAAGCGGCUCUUUUAUUUCCCAUAUGACAAAAUGUCGGUGGCGUUUUCAUCGGCGCGCCCCAGAAGUAAAGGGGAGGUGACACAGCAAACCAUUCAAAAGAUGCUGGAUGAAAAUCAUCAUUUAAUACAGUGCAUAAUGGAUUACCAAAGCAAAGGCAAGACGGCUGAAUGCACACAGUAUCAGCAGAUCCUGCACAGAAAUCUUGUUUACUUGGCCACAAUAGCUGAUUCAAAUCAGAACAUGCAGUCAUUACUACCUGCGCCUCCGACUUCCAGUAUGUCUUUGGGUCCUGGAGGGAUGGGCCAGAGUGGGGGACAUGCUCAAAGUAACCUCAAUGACAACAUGGGACCAGCACUGCCCCCGACAUCAAUGAUGCAGAGCCAAAUGAGUAAUGGGCCCAACCAUGCCCCCAUGCAGCAGCAGUCUGGUCAGGUGCAGUCGGCUAUUCCCUCCACCUCCCUCAGCCUGCCAGCAAGCAGCUAUGGCAGCUCGGUCCCUGGGUACAGCCACGCUGCGCCCUCCUCCCAGGGCAGCAUGAUCCAGGGCCCUGGGCCUGGUUAUGGCUCUUCCUCCUCUUCUUCCUCCACAUCCUCAUCCUCUUCUUCCUCCUCCCGCAGCAACCUCAACAUGCAUUCCAACCAAGUCUCCAUGAUGCACCAGCAGUCUGCCACACCACACUACUCCUCAGCCCAAGCUGGGGGGCAACAUUAUCAGGGACAGCAGGCUAUGGGCAUGAUGGGUCAGGGCAGUCAAGGAAACAGCAUGAUGUCUCAGAGGCCCAUGGGAUCCUACCGCUCUUCUCAGCAAGGAUCUGCACAGCAGUACAUGGGACAAGACGAGUUCUACGGAGAGCAGUAUGGACACACUCAGAGCUCCAGCGAGCCCAUAAACCAGCAGUAUUACCCUGAUGGUCACGGGGAGUAUUCAUAUCAACAGUCCUCUUAUGGGGAACAAGGGUAUGAUAGAUCAUUUGAUGAAUCCUCACAACAUUACUAUGAAGGAGGGAACUCUCAGUACAGUCAACAGCAGGCCCAGUAUCAACAGAGCUCUGGCCAGCAGCAAGCCUUCAGCCAACAGCAGUACUCUUCUCAACAAGGCUACAGUGGACAGCCCCAGGGAUAUGGUCCAGUCCAGGGAGGAUCGUCUCAAUAUUCUCAGUAUCAGCAGAGUCAAAGCCAACAGUAUGGAUCCUACCGAUCUUCCCAGGGAGGCCCUGGAGCGCAGACGCAGAGGCCGUUCUCCUAUGAACAGGGUCAAUAUGGAAAUUAUCAGCAAUGAGGCAGCACAAUGUUUUGCUGGUGGAAGAAAAUGUGCGAUGGAACAUUCAACAGUAAUGAACUGGGCUCAGCUAUGUAUUAGAUCAGGCUGCCAUCAGAUUUAUUAUCCUCUCAUUAAUCAUCAUUCUAGCUAAAAUAAUUAAUCCAGUCAAAUGUGAUGCUUCCCUCCUCCGUUUUAAUUUCAACAGGGUUGUAGCUGGUUGUGGUGCUUGCAAAACCAAGGCAGUUAAUGUAACCAUUCUAUACAAGCUACUAAAAAGGGCGCUGUGGAGUUGUCACAUGCACCUCAGCCACAUGCACAAAUAAACUUGUUCUCUGUCCCCUACCUUUAUUGUUUUAAGAGCUUUUGAUGUUAUUUUAUUUUUGGUGCACAGCGCAAGUGAGACUGUGGGAGUACAAAAAAAAAGCUUAUUAGCCUUGAAGAGAAUAUUCUUUGAUAUUUGAUAGAAGACUAUAAAUCUUGCUCUUAUUCCUGGUAUAAACACUGUUAUAUCUCAUGGUACAUCCUUAAAAAAAGGUGAAAAUGUUGGUCGUUAAACCUGACUUGAUCAUGGGGUUUGUCUGUGUUAGUCAAACUGUGAUGUGUUGCUGUGUGGUAUAACAUUAUGUGUUUUCACUCUCUACAUAUGUCUUGCUGAGGUAAUCGACAUAAUAGAUAGUUGACAGACGAAAACUUAACAAUGUGUAUCAUUGUCCAUGAUAAUCUUACAUCGUGGUAGUAUUUUUGACACUAUAUUUUGAGUGGCAUCGCUCUGCGCCGGCUUAUAGCGUCUGUGCAGAGGUAAGGAGUGUUGCGCUCUGAUGCCAUAAAGUAAUGAUUUUUACAUAAAAUUGCAUUGCCACUUUGUCUGCACUUUAUUUUACAGUGACAGUGUAUGUAUUGUCUAAUAUUUUGUAUCGUAGCGUGAUUCAGGCUGUUUUUAAGAGAUGAUACUCAAAAAGCCAAAGUAACACAGGAACAGAACAGUAACAUGUCCUGCACCUCAACUUCAAUAAGUGCAAUACACUCAGCUCCGUCAGUCAUGUUGAGGUUGGCUCUUACGGUGAACUUUACGUGAUUAUAUGUAGUUUUUUUUGUUUGUUUGUUUGUUUUGUUUUUUUACAUACAGCUGUGAUAAAGACAGAGAUCGUUUGUCUCAAAUUAUUCAGUGUUAUGUUACAGGAAAAGAACAGAAUGUGAUAGACUAUUUAAGAAUAUUACUUCUUCAUUUACGUGACUUAGAGGCAGAUAUGUGAAUAUAUCAAACAUAAAUCUUACUACUUUAGCAGUUUUUUUCUUUGUAAUUUUUUUAUUGCUAUUAUUUGUAUUAGAUCAAGGAAUUCAUGUAAGAAAAAUAAUACAAUUGUUGCAGCAGUAUAAUUUUUGUACAUGUACAAGAAUUUACCUUUUUCAUAUUUAUUAUCGAUCGAUCUAUCUGCAAGUUAUUUCUUUGUUUAUUUAGUUAAAAAGAAAUCAGACAACUUUUUUUUUAUUUCUGUGGUUGUGAGGGUCCAACUUAGCAGUAUUCUGUUAUAACAUCUUGUUGUAACUCAACUUACCUCAGAGGGGAAGAAUAACACAACAACUGUGGUCAUUCUGCAGGGGUUAUCAAGGAUGGGAGAUACCUGGCUGUCAAACAGCUGAUUAACUAUGUACCACUCAACACUGACAAUCACAGGCGUCUCUAAAUUGGUAUCAGUUUCUCAUUUUUACUGUGAACCAAACAUGUGCGGCAAGUUGUUUUCCAGUUCUACGUAGUGUGUCAUCACUCAUGGGUGGUAUGCCUUGUUAGUGUGCGUGUCGGUGUGUGUGGAUGUGCGAGAAGGAGAGUUUGAUGUGCAUAAUCCAAAUAUGAAUGUUAUCUACUUAUCUAUUGUAAGACUGCAUCGCCUGAUCUUUUCUGCUGUCUUUUGUUACUAUUUGCUAUACAAAAAUAAAUUGACAUUCACCUUU